UCACGCGGCCGCCGCGGUGCUGUGCUAUGUCAACCUCCUGAACUACAUGCACUGGUUCAUCAUCCCAGGAGUGCUGCUGGACGUACAGAAGUUUUUUGAGAUCAGUGAUAGCCGCGCUGGUUUGCUUCAGACAGGCGAUCAUCCUGAUUUGUUGGAUCGAUUCGGCGAAUAAAGACCGGUUUGCUCAUUAAAGCGAUGUCUGUAGACGGCAGAUGUUUCCCACGAAUGCAAUGAACCCCUCUGUGGCCCCAAGGGUUUAGAUGAAACUAUCGUGUAAAAAAAUACAAUAACGAUGGAAAUCACAUCCUUAGCAAUUAUUUAAACUUAGGAUGAGAACGUCGUAAAUGUUGGCUGAAAACGCAUGAAGGGGUACGUAGUUCUAUAAACGUCUUUAAAAGGCACCGGAGGAAAAGAGUUAGCAGGCCACCGUGUACCGUCCCAGGUCCGCUCUGACUGCUCUUGUCUCAGGGCUGAGGCCGGUGCUGGUCUCCAGUCAUUUCUGUAGCCAAAGCGAGACCAUCUCAGCUCGAUACCCCGCAACUUCUAGGUUAAACAGAUAAUGGGAGGUGAGUCGAUAUUUGCCCCCCUGGUCCUCUCCCUGGUGAACAGGAUUAUUACUACAAAGCGGUGAUAAAUGAGAUGUCAUGGAAGGAGUUUGUGCAGGUGAGGGAGAGGGGCAGAGAGAGAGAGAGAGAGAGAGAAAGUACGUGCGUGUAUGUGUGUGAGUGUGUAGAGAGGAUGUGCGUGUGCCUGGGGGUGUGUGAAGGGAGGCUCAACUCUGCAGAAGCAGCCCAAAGGCUAUGUGGAGAAGGCAGUGGGGUUGAUGACCAGAUGACCAGGCUGUCUCCGGUGACCUCGGGUGAGUCUUCGCCUUUUUCUGGGUUGUCGUGAAAUGGCCUGAGACCCACCCUGUGUCUGCAGGAGGGAGGGAGCCCCUGACUCAGCCGUGGCUGAGCUGUAAGAGUGGGGCAGAGGGUGGGGGUUAGCAGUGGUCAGACCCCCUCCCCUUCCAAAGGGACAGACUGGCUGUUGGAGUUAGUUCGUUGAUUAAUAACAUUUAAUGAUGUGGCCUUUACCAUGUGCCCAACACUAUCGCAAGUGUUUUGUGGUAUUAACUCAUUUAAUCUUUACAACAAACCCACGAGGCAGGUAUGCCCAUUUUAUGCAUGCCGAACCUGAGGCACAGAGAGGCUAUGGGGCUUGCUGAAGGUCACACAGCUGGGAUCAAAUCCAGGCAGCUUCUUGUGGAGUCCUCUUAACCCGCUUCUCUUUUAUCGCUCCCAUUUGUCACAGAAGUCAUUGGAUGCUAUAGGAACAAAGGAGUGUGUGUGUGUGUGUGUGUGUGUGUGUGUGAGUGUGCCUUCCUUUGGGGACAAGGUUCUCCAUUUCAGGGCAUCUGUGGGUUUAAGGUGUUUAGAUCUUAUAAAGAAUCCCUGCCCCGAAUCUCAUAAAAGUAUUAGAACUUUUGGGGAAGUAUUUUUAUAACCUUUGGGUAGAGAAGAGAUGCAUUAAGGAGACAAGAAACACCACACGGGGAGUAUUGACACAUUUGAGGACACCAAGGUAAAGAAGGUAAACUCGACAUGAUUGAAACUAUAAAUGCAGUUAGUAACAACAAUGGAUGACGUUUAUUAGGCAUUAACAUAAAGCUAGUCACUGCCUUUUUAAUAUGCUUAACUUCAUUGAAUCUUCUCGAUAACCUUCUACAGGAAGCACAAUGCUAUCUCAUUAUAUAGUUGAUUCGAGGGGCACAGAAGAGUUAAGGAAUUUGCCCAAGGUCACACAGCUAAGCAGUCAUUGGGUCAGGAUGCGAGCCCAGAAUUUGCAUUUUAAAUCCUUAAACGUAAAGGCCUGGGAGAAAUUGUUUGCAAUUCCCACAAGGGCCCAAGAGAGAAAUGGGCAGAAAGUGUGAGCACAGGAACUGACAUAAGGACAAUGCAGAUUAAAACAUCAGCGAGACACCGUCUGUGCCUCAACCAUUACGAGGAACAAAGUGACUGAUCAUAUCAAGGGAGCUGAGAUACGCGCUUCCGCACGAGUGUAAACGGAUACAGCCUUUUUUGGAGGCCUAUUUUGGAGGUAGCUAUUAAAAUUAUAAAUGUCCCUGGCACCAAAGACCAUUCUCUGUGGAGUAUUAGGUCGAACCAUUUUAAAUUGCCUUAUUUUUUGUAGGUCAAAACUGGCCUAAUUUCUGCAACCGCGCACGGCUCCACCCAAUACCAGAGAGGGUGGGGCGAAGUGGGAGGGGCUGGGACGAUUCUGGACGCUCAUUAGGCUCAGGCAAUGUCGAUCACGAGCGCUCAGCGAAUGCGGACCCAGGCGUGGGGCGGGGCCUCGGGCGGAGGCGGGUCCGGACGCCGCGCUCACCUGCGGCCGCGGACACGCCCCCCCCCCUCGGAGGGUGGAGACGGUUUCAGUCUUCAUAGGUUGCCUGCUGCUGUCUGCACCUGUGUUUGGCUACCUGGGCGACCGACACAGCCGCAAAGCUACGCUGAGCAUUGGGAUCCUGCUCUGGUCAGGGGCGGGCCUCUCCAGCUCCUUCAUUUCCCCCCAGUAUUCCUGGCUGUUCUUCCUGUCCCGGGGAGUCGUGGGCACCGGCUCGGCCAGCUACUCCACCAUCGCGCCCACCAUUCUGGGCGACCUCUUUGUGAGGGACCAGCGGACCCGGGUGCUGGCCAUCUUCUACAUCUUUAUCCCUGUCGGAAGGUCAUGCCCUGCCUGGAAGCUGUAGCCUUGGUCCUGCUUAUCGUGCUGGUUCCAGACCCUCCCCGGGGAGCUGCUGAGAAGCAGGAGGAGGUGGCCAUGGGGGGCCCGAGGAGCAGCUGGUGGGAGGACGUCAGAUACCUGGGGAGGAACUGGAGCUUUGUGUGGUCCACCCUUGGGGUGACUGCCAUCGCCUUUGUGACUGGAGCUCUGGGCUUCUGGGCCCCCAAAUUUCUGUUCGAGGCCCGUGUGGUGCAUGGACUGCAGCGCCCUUGCCUCCAGGAGCCGUGCAGCAGCCAGGACAGAAAGCACCCUCUGGGGACCUGCUUGGAAUUCGGUCUGAGGAACCCUUCCCCAGGCAGCAGCCUGAUUUUUGGGGCGCUGACUGUCGUGACUGGCAUCAUUGGAGUUGUCCUGGGAGCAGAGGCUUCCAGGAGGUACAAGAAAGUCAACCCUCGGGCCGAGCCCCUCCUCUGCGCCGGCAGCCUUCUGGUCGCAGCCCCCUGCCUCUACCUGGCUCUCAUCCUGGCCCCGACCACGUUCCUGGCCUCCUAUGUAAGUGCUCCUGGCCCUCGGGGAGCUGCUUCUGUCCUGCAACUGGGCGGUGGUUGCCGACAUCCUGCUGAGUCCAGCGUGGCCGUCCCUGAGCCUCACGCUCUCCGCCCAGCCUCCCUGCCUCCCUCCGGGAGCCAUCAUGAGAGCACUUGGAACACUGUCCGUGGUGGUGCCCAGGUGCCGGGGGACAGCAGAGGCUUUGCAGAUCACAGUGGGCCACAUCCUGGGGGACGCCAGCAGCCCUUACCUUACUGGACUGGUGUCCAGCACCCUGAGGGCCGGGCGCCCAGACUCCUACCUGCAGGCCUUCCUCAGCCUCCAGCAGAGUUUCCUGUGCUGUGCAUUUGUCAUUGCCCUGGGCGGGGGCUGCUUCCUGCUGACAGCGCUGCGCCUGGAGUGGGACCAGGCCCGGGCCCGGGCGCCUGGCACAGGGACCCUGGACAGCGAGGACACGGAGAGGCGAGCCCUGCUUUCUGGCGCGGGCACCGCCACAGAGGACCCCUGAGGCCCCCGCCCUCCUGCCCGCCUCCCUGCACCCCUCCCGCUGGCCGCCGCAGCAUCAGGGCCCUGUCCCCCUCUGGCUGUGGCUCAGGGCCCCCAGCCGAGCUGCACCUGUCAUUUCUUCCCUCCCAGCCAGAGAGCUGGCAGGGCCUGUGGCGGGAAUUGAGCUGUCAGCGCCUUCGGCGGGAGGCCUGGGCCUGCGCCCGCCCAGCCCCGGGUCCUCAGACCGGUUGGUUGCCUGUGGGCCCCGAUUAAAAGUGGAUUU